AUGGGUUCAAGUUCAACAAAAACAAGCGCCAGUAAAGAUUCCAACAUCGAAGCUCAUGAACGAUUCCGAUUUCGAUUCACUGAUUGUUCCUGUCAAUGUGAGGCCAGUAAAAAACGCGCAGAAGAUGUUUACAGAGAAAACGACAUUCCGCAAGCGGCAUUUCUUUCUGCACUUAUGACGCAGAUAGGACAAUCACAGUAUGAUUUACGUUGUAAUUGCGACUGUGGCGAAGGUGUGAAAAUGGGUUUUCUUUUCGGAAACGCGCCACCGAACGUUCAACAGCCAAUAAAUAGCAAGCAUUAG